AUGACAACAUUGUCGGAUAUAGGGGUUGCUGCUGCCAUAAACAUUUCCAGUGCAUUGCUUUUCUUUGUGGCAUUUGCUAUUUUGAGGCUUCAACCUUGGAACGAUAGGGUGUACUUUCCAAAAUGGUAUUUGAAGGGUCUAAGAACAGAUCCAGUUCAGGGAAGAGCGUUUGUGAGCAAGUUCAUCAAUUUAGACUGGAGAGCAUAUCUUGGGUUUUUGAAUUGGAUGCCAGAAGCAAUCAGAAUGCCAGAACCUGAGCUUAUUGACCAUGCUGGAUUGGACUCUGUUGUUUACUUGCGGAUUUACUUGAUAGGGCUUAAAAUCUUUGUCCCUAUAGCAUUCUUAGCUUGGACUAUUCUGGUUCCUGUCAAUUGGACUAGUACCGGCCUAGAAGGAGCCCACAUAAGAAACAUAACUUCCAGUGACAUUGAUAAACUCUCUGUUUCAAAUGUUCAUAGUCGAUCUGAAAGGUUUUGGGGACACAUAGUAAUGGCUUAUGCCUUUACCUUUUGGACUUGCUAUGUUUUGCUAAAGGAAUAUGGGAAGGUAGCAUCAAUGAGACUUGGUUUCCUUGCAGCAGAAAAGCGUCGUCCUGAUCAGUUUACGGUGCUUGUUAGAAAUAUUCCAUCAGACCCUGAUGAAUCUGUGAGUGAGCUUGUUGAGCACUUCUUUUUGGUCAAUCAUCCAGAUCACUAUCUAACUCACCAGGUUGUUUAUGAUGCCAACAAACUUGCUAAGUUGGUUAACAAGAAGAAGAAGUUGAAAAAUUGGCUUGUAUACUACCAAAAUAAACUUGAGAGAACUUCAAAAAGACCCCAAAUAAAGACUGGUUUCCUUGGCCUUUGGGGAAAGAAAGUGGAUGCUAUUGAUCACCACACCAAUGAAAUUGAUAAGUUGUCUAAAGAAAUUGUUGAGGAGAGGGAAAAGGUCACAAAUGAUCCCAAUUCUAUCAUGCCUGCUGCGUUUGUUUCAUUUAAAACAAGAUGGGGUGCUGCUGUUUGUGCACAAACUCAGCAAACCAGAGAUCCUACACUUUGGCUGACUGAGUGGGCUCCAGAACCGCGAGAUGUGUAUUGGCGAAACUUGCCAAUUCCCUACGUUUCCCUCACUGUCAGGAGAUUAAUCAUAGCUGUGGCAUUCUUUUUCCUCACUUUCUUCUUUAUGAUCCCCAUUGCAUUUGUUCAAACCCUUGCAAGUAUUGAAGGAAUCCAGAAAGCAGCACCAUGGCUGAAGCCACUUGUUACCAUCCCUUUCAUAAAGUCAUUCAUUCAAGGUUUUCUGCCUGGUAUUGUGCUGAAGCUGUUCCUUAUCUUCUUGCCAACAAUAUUGAUGAUCAUGUCUAAAUUUGAAGGCUUUGGAUCUAUAUCAUCUCUUGAGAGAAGAUCAGCUUCUAGAUACUAUCUUUUCAAUUUUGUGAAUAUAUUCCUUGGGAACAUACUUACCGGAACAGCAUUUCAACAGCUCAGUUCUUUCAUUCACCAACCAGCGAACCAAUAUCCGGUAACAAUUGGUACGGCUAUUCCUUUAAAAGCAAGUUUCUUCAUUACUUAUAUAAUGGUUGACGGAUGGGCCAGUAUAGCUGCGGAGGUUUUGAUGUUGAAACCAUUAAUUUUUUAUCACUUGAAGAAUUUUUUCUUGGUGAAAACUGAAAAGGACAGGGAAGAGGCCAUGGAUCCUGGGAGUAUCGGAUUCAACUCUGGAGAACCGCGUAUACAAUUGUACUUUUUGUUGGGUCUAGUAUAUGCUGCAGUCACUCCUGCUGUUCUUCCUUUCAUUAUAGUUUUCUUUGGCUUGGCCUAUGUUGUCUUCCGUCAUCAGAUCAUUAACGUAUACAAUCAGCAGUAUGAGAGUGGUGCAGCAUUCUGGCCUGAUGUCCAUUUCCGUAUCAUUUUGGCACUGAUAUUCUCACAGAUAGUUUUGAUGGGGCUUCUCACCACCAAGAAAGCUGCUUCAUCGACUCCUUUUCUCAUUGUUCUUCCAAUACUAACCAUAUGGUUCCAUAGGUACUGCAAAGGACGUUUUGAAUCUGCUUUUGUUAAAUUUCCUUUACAGGAAGCAAUGAUGAAAGAUACAUUAGAACGAGCAAUAGAACCUAACCUUAAUUUGAAAGGUUAUCUUCAAAAUGCCUAUGUUCAUCCAAUUUUUAAGGACAGCAUGGACGAGGACAGUGAUGAUGAGGAGAUAAUGAGUAUGGACUUUGAAACCGAAAGCGCGAUUGUGCGCACAAAACGCCAGUCCCGAAAGAAUACACCAUUACCCAGCAGAAACAAUGCGUCAUCUCUUUCUUUGUCUGAUGGCAUUCAAAGUCAUCUAGAGCCUUAAAGAAAAAUGGGAUCACUGUACGUUUGACUUUAGCUCAUUAUUUUGUAAACAGAUUAGGGUGAUAUCAUGUGCAGAUGCAAAUACACUAUGCUACAUGCUACAUCAGUUGACAAAGUUGAGGAAGAUGGGCUUGUCUCUUUUAGUGAUUCUUGCUGGAGGGAUUCAUUUCGUGUUUUGGGAUUGCAAGAUGAAAUUACUACAUGCAGAUCACAUAAGGCAGAUAUUUUUGUAAUGCUUAGGAUUUUGUUGAUUACUAGGGAAUACAGGUUUUAUCUUUUAGGUCUAUCUUAUAUUCGGGGAUAAUUGUAACUCGUAAGUCACUAGAAAAUUUAUUGUACAUAGAUUAAGCUCAGAUGGACCUUAUCUGCCAUGUUGAAGGACAAAGGAGUAGGAUAGCCAUAAGCAAAAUAGUUGAAGAAAUUUUUUAUUUCAGUUUGAUUUUGGAAAAUGAUACAGUGACAACUGUAAUUUGAUAACUUCUUUCACUAACUCACGUGACAUUUGUUUUUUA